AUGGUCCGAACUAAAGCCGACAGCGUCCCCGGGACCUACAGAAAGGCUGUUGCAGCGUCUGCUCCCCGGAAGUCCCUCGGUGCCAGUUCCUCCAAUGCUGGGUCUUCGAGCAGCAGUUGCUCUACUCCAGCGAAGGGCAAAUAUGCAGGCGGUAACCCAGUGUGCCCGCGGCCCACCCCCGACUGGCAGAAGGGCAUCGGGGACUUCUUUGGGGGUCCACCUCGCAAACCUGAGAAAGAAAAGGAGAAGGAGAACCUGAAGCCUUCUGUGGAGGACGAGGAGGAGGCGGGAGGCAGCGGUGUGUCAAAGUCCAGCAGGAAAUCCAGACCGCUCAUAGUGGACGAUGAAGAGGAGGAUUGA